GACUCAGGCAUGUCUAUUACUACUCUCUGUUACAAGCUGACCAGUAAUGGCCACCAACAACCACUGUGACCUGCUGACAAGCUCGCUCCUAUAGAGUUUGCCUAUACCAAUGGCUCUUACGGCCUGCCGACUAUGACCUGCUUCAUGCCGGGCCUUCCCCCUGGAACUCCCUUCAACAUAUCUCUCCAUUCUUGGAAGACGCCAGAUGUCAGUCAGUUCACCCGCAACUACAGCAAACAUACAGAAUUAGUCAAGUUCGAGGCUCGGGUGCUGGUUGAUGGCCGAUUGAUUGCGUAAGUCUCUUAAAUCUAAUUAUCUCGCAUAUAGAAGGUAGAUAGUAUCUGACUGGCUGCUGUCCCAAUUAGGACAUCGUCAUUCAACCGUGCUGGUCCGUGGCCUCAACUCAUCAAUCAUAGCUUUGGUAUGACCAAUCAAAUCAGUUGUCUUGCAUAGACAUAUGUGCUGACUAUGCCCUCAGAGUUCACCAAGAACGGUGAUCUCGAAGUUCUUAAGUUCCCUCAAUUUCGUAGCGAAUUGCUCCGGCAGAGUUACUGGAGCCCAGCCGACGAAGUCGGACGUAUCAAAAUUGUCAUCAGCGAGGGGUUCCCUCGGGAUUCGUUGACAGUGCCUAUCGAACGAGUCAAGAACGUUGUGGCGUUCUCUUUCCAGCAUGCACCGCUUGACAUCUUGGAGAGCUCCGGUAUUGCCUGGCCGAACCCAGCAAUGUGGCGUCGUGGGCCUUUCAAUCCAACCAUGCCUGUCCCUUCACACCAGCACGAUGAUGGUCCGGAGGCACAUAUUCACUCUCCACGUCGGCGAUCUGCUAGUUUCAUAAAAGGCACAGGAAGCUCUAACGGUCUCAACUCGGCAUGUGCGAAUUCAUCUCAAAUGAAUGCCAACACCUUCACUGGAAGCAUGCCUAAUACCCAGAACCUGGUACAACGUGGUGUGAACGGCCAGCAGGUCGGAUUCAUGGAUCCCUUCAACGCUAACAAGGCCGAUCUCUCUUCAUUCUUCGAUUGGCCUGAUAACCUUGGCGUUGUUGGGCACACCCAAGCAGCUGAUAUGGGAAAGAGUAAAUCCUCAAACCGCAGAGCCAACACCCAUAGCAAAAUCUCAACAUCCGACACCAGCAUGCCAGACUACAACUCCUCCAAUUCUACUGGUGCUCCGCCGAUGUCUGAUUUCCAGCCAAUGAAUUUCGCGGUUGCAAAUCUUGAUGACCACCAUAACAGCAACAUUGCGCCCAAAGCACCGGCAAACACGCCGACGGCUCUGCUUGACCCAAGUUUUGUUAGUGAGCUUGGCAUCGAUAUCGACAAGAUGGGGACCCCGGGCAACACUCCACCUUCUACUGAUUUCUUUACCACAAGUACUACCAAUUUCUCAUCUGAGCUGGCAACGUCUCUCACUCAUUCGCUGUUGAACCAGCCACAUCCACUUCCAGUUCAGGGGUCAAACAUUGCCAUCCCAGCUCCUGAAAUCAAAUCGCGAAAAGAAAACCGACUGCAUAACGAGUUCACACUAGAAGAGACAGCAAAUCUAGAUCACAUUGACAUGCGUAAAGUGUCACAGUCAGUUUACAGUCAACUAGGUAAAACGAGUGGUGAUACCAGCAGCAAUAGCAACUCACCGCCAAGCCAAAGCACAUUCUCCGGUGCCUAUUCUCAAAGAUCAGUCUCUGGGGCGGAAUUUGGAAACGACUUAACAAAUUCAGGUGUUUUAUUCACCCCAGGAAACAAUGACCCUAACCUGGCAACUGAAAUCCGCAUCGGUAGUGGCUCUGAUAAGGGCAUCAAACGUACUCGCCAGUUUACCCCAGCAAGCGCCAAAGCAAUUGAUGAGGAAGAUGAACCUCGACGCAGCAGCCCUCGAGGCCGAAAUGGCUUGGGAGAACAGGUUGUCGAAGUGGAUUAAUGCGAAAACAUCAAUUUCCGGACUGCUCUUAGUUAACAGAGCGGGUGGACUCAAUUUAUUUUGGAAGGAUCAUUGAAUAUCCCAUCGUCCUGGACUCAUCAUGGGAAACUCAUCAAGUAGCAAUAUCUAGACUUUUUGGUAGUGGAAUUGCACUGACAUGGAAUACCGCUGAUACAUGUAUUUUUCCACUGCCCUGUUAGAGCUAUAUCUCCGAAGAGUUGUCAUAGCUGGAUCACGUCAUGCCGUGGGGAGAAUACUUCUAUAUGGGCAGAAGCUUGCACCGGGCGUUUAUUCAUCGAGACUGCCGAGUAAUUAUCGUUGGGGGCGUUUAUGGGACAUUAUGUACAGUAGCCUCCGGGUAGACCAAAGUUGAC